CGUUCACUGUUUAGUUUCCCAGCUGACGGGCUAAGCGCGCGGUGAAAGAUCUCAGAGACUUGACAAUGGAUCUCGAUGAAGAUAUAGGUGAUUCUUCACCAGCAGAGACUCCAGCCACUAAAAUGUCCAGACACCAGAUAUUAACACUUAUUGCAAUGGCCUCCAUAAACUUCAGUUCCAUGAUCUGUUACUCCAUUCUGGGACCAUUUUUUCCAAAUGAGGCAAAGAAGAAAGGUGUCAGUCAAGCUAUGAUUGGUUUAAUAUUCGGAAUCUAUGCAUUAUGUACUUUAGUGGGCUCAUUGUUACUUGGUAAAUAUAUUGUCCAGAUAGGAGCCAAGUUUAUGAUCGUUGCAGGGUUGUUCGUAUCGAGCGGAUGUACUGUACUCUUCGGAUUUCUUGACCAAGUGUCUGAUGGGACAGUUUUCGUCGUGCUCUGUUUUAUCACACGGUGCAUAAAUGCAAUCGGCUUUUCUGCCGCCGUUACAUCAUCUUUUGCAGUUUCAGCAAAAGUUUUCCCCGAGAACAUAGCGACUGUUUUGGGCUUCAUGGAGAUUUUUACAGGUCUUGGCCUGAUAUUGGGUCCUCCGUUGGGUGGCUGGCUCUAUCAGUCAUUUGGAUAUGAAAUCCCAUUCGUUUUCACAGGAUGUCUUCUGUUUGCGACAGUGCCUCUCAAUUUGUGGAUUUUACCAAGCUUUGAUGCUGUUCCUCCUUCCCAGAAUUCCUUCCUCAGAUUGUGUACCAGAAUGAAGAUCCUUCUCAUCUGCUUCGUGGUGUUCUCGUUGAGUUCAGGACUUGGUUUCCUGGAUGCAACACUGUCCAUAUUUGCCAUAGAAAAGCUUAAUCUCAGUGCCGGCAAUGCAGUUAACCCUAAAACUGAGCAAAAUACAACAGUACAAACCUCUACAAAAUACAUGCAUACCAAAAACAUGUUUUGGCUCAUGUGUUCCUCGUAUUGCAGUGAAAAUGGCUUUGAGGAGGGCUUGAGUACCCUGGGAUUGGUGUCAGGCUUGUUCUCAGCAGUCUGGUCUGCUGGGAUGUUCUUUGGGCCGACUAUUGGAGGAUACAUCACACAAGUACUCAACUUUGAAUGGAGCGCAGGAGUUCAAGGUGCACUCGCCUUUCUCGCUGCCUUACUACAAGUAAUAUAUUUCACAUUAGAGGACAUACAAAAGAAGUCACAAAAGGCCAACAGGACUGACAUGUCAUUAUCGCAAGGAGAAAAAUCCCCUCUUCUCCCCAAGACAGAUAAUCUCAGAGUUGAUGUCAGCUGAAAUAAGCUGCUGCACGCUUUUAAAUGGAAGAACAAAUGUAAUCAUAUUGCUGCUAAAUACAGGUGAUGUGGGAUAUGAUUGACAGAUGACAAAUGAAGAACGAGGAGAAGGUCAGUUUAACAACAAAGAUGUCAUAUAUUUAUUAUUUCAAGAUCAGUUGAACCUGUACACAGGAGUUCAGUGAACAUUUACAAAGUAAAUGUCAAAAGUCCUGUAAGAAGAUUGAAUUAAGAGCGUGUGUUAAAGUUGAAUGUAUAAUAAUAAUAAAGAGAUGACAUUCACACUAAACAGCUGAGAUGUGCCUAUUGAUGAAAUACUUUAUCUUUUACCCCGUUUCUGGGAAUAUUGUAGGGUGGCGAUGUACAUAUUCCCUCACUAGAAGAUGCUGCCCAGCUAGGGUUUGUUAUUUUCUUAACCAUCUUGCAUCUCAAAUGCUGCUUUGGCAGUUAAAUAUUCAUCUUGACAGUCACAACAAGGACAUUUUACAAACUGAAGUGAAAUAUAUUUUGGCUUAUUUAUUGUGUUUAGUAACUUAACAUGAGAUAUAAGCCAUUCUGAAAAAUAGGUGUACAUUUUUGAAGUAAAUUGAAAUUAAGAGCUCGUGUAUAAAAUAAUUCAUUACCUCAUAUACAGUGUGUCUUACAGUACAGUACACUGGAUUAUUUCUGAGGUCUUGUUCAGAAAUCU